CGUUUUGUUCCCGUCCAACGUACACAGAGAGUCUCACCUCUUCAUUAUAACCUUUUCACACUCUGUUCACCUAUCUCUCCACCUUCUUCCCAGCGAGCAUGGCUCUUCCUCACUCUUUCGCUACCAUUAUCAUCUCUUUCUUUCUCCUCAAUCUCCACCACCACCACGCCGAGUCAACUCGGCCCCCUUAUUCCUGCGACUCGUCCUCCAACUCACCCUACUACUCAUUCUGCAACACCAAGCUCCCCAUCACCAAAAGAGCCCAAGACCUCGUCUCGCGACUCACCCUCGACGAGAAACUCGCCCAACUCGUCAACACGGCACCGGCGAUUCCCCGACUCGGCAUCCCGAGUUACCAGUGGUGGAGCGAAGCCCUGCACGGCGUCGCCGACGCCGGCUUCGGCAUCAGGUUCAAUGGUACCAUCAAAUCCGCCACCAGCUUCCCCCAAGUCAUUCUCACCGCAGCUUCCUUCGACCCAAACCUCUGGUACCAAAUUAGCAAGACUAUUGGGAGGGAAGCGAGGGCGGUGUACAAUGCGGGGCAAGCGACGGGGAUGACGUUUUGGGCUCCGAACAUAAACGUUUUCAGGGAUCCACGGUGGGGGAGAGGGCAAGAGACUGCAGGAGAAGACCCUUUGAUGAAUGCCAAGUAUGGUGUGGCGUAUGUGAGAGGGCUUCAAGGGGAUUCCUUUGAAGGAGGGAAACUGGCUGAGAGGCUUCAAGCUUCGGCGUGUUGCAAGCACUUCACUGCCUAUGAUUUGGACCAAUGGAAGGGCCUCGAUCGCUUUGUCUUCGAUGCUCGUGUCACAUCGCAAGAUUUGGCAGACACAUACCAACCUCCAUUUCAAAGUUGCAUAGAGCAAGGUCGAGCCAGUGGGAUAAUGUGUGCCUACAACCGUGUCAAUGGGGUUCCAAACUGUGCAGAUUUCAAUCUUCUAACCAAAACCGCAAGACAACAAUGGAAAUUCGAUGGGUAUAUUACAUCAGAUUGUGGAGCAGUCUCUAUCAUACACGAGAAGCAAGGUUAUGCAAAAACAGCAGAGGACGCUAUAGCCGAUGUUUUUAGGGCAGGGAUGGAUGUGGAGUGUGGUGAUUACAUAACCAAGCAUGCAAAAUCAGCAGUGUCCCAAAAAAAACUACCCAUAUCUCAAAUCGACCGUGCCCUUCAGAACCUCUUCUCCAUUAGAAUAAGACUAGGCCUAUUCGAUGGAAACCCCACCAAGCUUCCAUUUGGCACAAUUGGUCCCAACGAAGUGUGCUCCAAACAAAGCCUCCAACUAGCCCUAGAAGCAGCAAGGGAUGGCAUAGUGCUUCUAAAGAACACAAACUCACUCCUCCCACUUCCAAAAACAAACCCCACUAUCGCAUUAAUAGGCCCCAAUGCCAAUGCCUCAUCAAAAGUCUUCCUAGGAAACUAUUAUGGGCGUCCUUGCAAUUUGGUGACACUUUUGCAAGGCUUUGAGGGCUAUGCUAAAACGGUUUACCAUCCUGGGUGUGAUGAUGGCCCACAAUGUGCUUAUGCUCAAAUAGAAGAGGCAGUGGAGGUUGCAAAAAAAGUGGAUUAUGUGGUAUUGGUUAUGGGUUUGGAUCAAAGUCAAGAGAGGGAGUCACAUGAUAGAGAGUACUUAGGGUUGCCAGGGAAGCAAGAAGAGCUUAUUAAGAGUGUAGCUAGGGCUGCUAAGAGACCUGUUGUUGUGGUGCUUUUGUGUGGAGGCCCGGUUGAUAUUACUUCGGCUAAGUUUGAUGAUAAGGUUGGAGGAAUCUUGUGGGCUGGGUACCCGGGGGAACUUGGAGGAGUGGCCCUGGCCCAGGUUGUAUUUGGUGAUCAUAACCCAGGUGGAAAACUACCAAUUACUUGGUACCCAAAAGAUUUCAUCAAAGUACCAAUGACAGAUAUGAGAAUGAGAGCAGAUCCAGCAUCAGGCUACCCUGGGAGAACCUACAGAUUCUACACUGGUCCAAAGGUCUAUGAAUUUGGCUACGGCCUAAGCUACACAAAAUAUUCCUACAAGCUCCUCUCACUCUCACACAGCACCCUCCACAUCAACCAAUCAUCCACACAUUUAAUGACUCAAAAUUCCGAAACCAUACGCUACAAGCUGGUUUCGGAGUUGGCGGAAGAAACAUGCCAGACCAUGUUGUUGUCGAUCGCAUUGGGAGUCACGAAUCGUGGUAACUUGGCAGGGAAGCAUCCGGUGUUGCUGUUUGUGAGGCAGGGAAAGGUGAGAAACAUUAAUAAUGGGAAUCCGGUGAAACAGUUGGUGGGGUUUCAAAGUGUGAAGGUGAAUGCAGGGGAAACGGUUCAAGUGGGGUUUGAGCUAAGCCCUUGUGAGCAUCUUAGCGUGGCUAAUGAGGCUGGUUCGAUGGUGAUUGAAGAAGGGCCUUAUUUGUUUAUUGUUGGGGACCAAGAGUACCCAAUUGAAGUCACUGUUUGAGUGUUUCAUGCAAAGAUAAUUGGAGUGUUCAAUCAAAUUGUAAUGCCUUAAAGGAAUAAGAAACUAAUUUGCCACUUCUUUUUGUGACAUUAUGAUUUUCAGCAUGUUUACGUAUCCGCAUACCGUUUUUAGUGUGAAACAUUGGUUCACAAAUUACGAAGUUUUCUUCAACAACUGAAUGCCGGUGGGGUGACUUCAAAGUGCAUGAUAUGCGACCACGUGUUAAGAAGUUUUCUUGAAUGGAUUCAUAGAUUUCUGUUCUCGUUAUUUAGCAUUGUAAACAUUGUCAAUCCUUUAUCAAGUGAAGUAAGUAACUUGUUAAUUUUAA